CAACGCCUCAACCGGACGAUACUAACCUUCUCUCCGCCAUCAGAGCCAUAAACACGCCAUGGCCCCUCGCAGUUAUUCUAAGACCUACAAUAAGUCCCCUUGUGUCCCUCGUCGUCCAUUUGAGUCGGCCCGUCUCGAUUCUGAAUUGAAGAUUGUUGGUGAAUAUGGUCUUCGCAACAAGAGAGAAGUUUGGAGAGUUCAGUUGACACUCUCCAAAAUCCGUCGUGCUGCCCGUCAACUUUUGACUUUGGAUGAGAAGGACCCUAAGCGUCUCUUCGAGGGUAAUGCUCUUAUUCGCCGUCUAGUCCGUGUUGGUGUCCUGGAUGAUUCCCGCAUGAAAUUGGAUUACGUGUUGGCUCUUCGCACUGAGGAUUUCUUGGAGCGCCGUCUUCAGACCCAAGUUUACAAGCUCGGCCUCGCCAAGUCUAUCCACCACGCCCGUGUCCUUAUCCGCCAGCGCCACAUCCGUGUCGGGAAGCAGAUUGUGAACGUCCCUUCUUUCAUUGUUCGUCUUGACUCUCAGAAGCAUAUCGACUUUGCCUUGAGCUCGCCAUUCGGUGGUGGGCGUCCUGGACGUAACAGAAGAAAGAAGGCCAAGGCUGCUGAGUCUAAGGGUGAUGGUGAGGAAGAAGAGGAGGAGGAAUAGAUUCCUAAUUCCUUACUCACAAAAAAUAAUAAAUGGAGCGUGGGCUAUGAUUCAUUUUCAACAAGGCAGUAAUGAAAUUUCUUUUGUCAUGACUGGAGAUUGUAAAUUUGUGUUCGGGGUGACAACAAUGAAGGUUUAUGAUACGGUAUUUCUUGGGUAAUCAUAUGUAUUUGAUUCCAUUGUAUGCACAUAA